AUGAACAGAUUUACGAUUAAGAGGGCGUACACGUGUGAACAUGAGUGUAAGGAAAUACAUAAAUAUAUAAGUAUAGGAGUUGACCGUAAAUCCAGGCUACCCAUCAGCACGUGUGCAAGGAAAUUUGGGAAUAGCGAACUGGCCAGUAUCAGUCAGAAAUUGUUCCUAUAUAAUAUCACACGAGGGAGGAGAUUGUCUAGGAAAAAAACCACCAGGGUGAUAUGUUAUAAUUUUAAAAGAGGGUGUGGCCCAGACGUGUGCAGCGCGCAGGAUAGUGAGGCACACGCGUGGCGUAGAGUAAUAAAGGGGAAUAUAUUGGACAAGGGAGAAAAGCCAAAGAAGGCGAGGGAGAACGCCCCAUUUGUACAAACACACGUAAAGUCAGGGAGAAUUGAAGAAGAAAUUAGCAGUACACCAUUUCCAAAUGUACUGAACUAUAAGAACAUUUUAUGUAACUCGAGUAAGUGGGGCAAUACAGACAUUUGGUCAUGUAGUAAAAUGAGAAGAAUGAAAUUUAGGAACUUCACACAAAUCGUUGCUGUAUCGAUAAAAAAGGAUAAGUACGUGAAAUUUUCCCGAUUAAGUCUGAGCGAACUGUUACCUUGUAUACUUGGGCAUUUAUCAGAGAAGAACGACAUAAAAACGUGGAACAGCAUAUUUCUGCAGGUAGAUAAAUUGGUAUCGAAAAAAGGCGGGGGGGAAGAAUAUAAAGCAGAAUUGAGCGCCUUCUUCGAUAAGAUGACCAACAUGGAAUACUACGCUGUGCUUCACCACCUGAAGGAUAUCGACGAGAGCGUAAAAAACAACAUUUUAAAUGGUGCCUUUUUCGAGUGUCUCGUGAUGGCCCUCAAGGGGAGGGACAUAACAUAUUUGAACGAGCGGAUGGGGUGGCGAGGAGUAGAAGAAAAAGAAGUAGAGCUGGCAGACUCUUCACAAAUAGGAGUCGACAGCCCGACCGAGGUCGGGCGUGGCGACCCCGCGCAGAUCGAGAAAAAGCGCGGAAGUAAGGUAAAAUCGUACAUGAGAAACUUGAAGCAUCUUUUAAACAUAUCAGGUAGCAGGAUGGGUUCCAAGGGAGGGUCCAGCGCCCUUGAGGAGCAACAGUGGCAAUCAGAGGGUGAGGAAAAAAGAUUGGAUCAUUUGGACGACAAUGAGGUAGUAUCCUGUCCGAAUAAUUUGGCUGCUUCCAGAGGAAACACACAGAAAGACGUAACAAUGAUCAGGAGGUGGUUUACCCUGUUGAGUUACAUGUCCAGCAAAUCUGAGAAUGUCACAAAGUUAAGAGAUUAUUUGAAUAGAAUAUUUAGAAAACAUAUUGAUGAGUUGAUUAGGAAGGAAUACUUCUCCAAAACGGUGAACCAAAUGACCAACCAAAUAAACAGUAAAAGUGUACACGCCCUUAUAAUGACGUAUGAAAAAAAGCUGGACCAGAUGGAGGCAUAUGAUUUUAGCUACAGUUUGAUUAUUCUCCAUCGGUUUCUGGUGUUUAGUGAUAGUUUAUUUAACAGGAUUAUUGACCAAGCCAUUGGGAAUCCUUUAGCGAAAUUGAAAAGUGAGAAACACUUAAUUCGUUUUAUAAAGAGUGUAGAUAAUUACCUGCUCAUAAAUCCAUCUAGCACGGGUUUUAAUCGCGCAGGGGAUAGUGGGGCUGGGUUUAACAAUACUGAGAUAUUUCAGAGCAACAUGAAUGAUUUGUACAAUUCUACAUUUUCCAUUUUUAUUAAAAAAUUGAACAAGAAAUUGAAAUACUAUUCGUUAGAUAAUUUGCUCUUCUUUUCUGAAUGCUUAGGGAAGGUGAUCUUUAUGCCGAGUACGCAGAACCAGGUUCUGCAUGUCUUCAUUAAUAAGCUUCGUUAUUACAUAGAUAAUGCAUUGAAUUCUUGUACUGUAGAUAAUGAGACGCUUAUUCGACUUUUUAAGAUAAACUCCUUCUUUUCCUUCGUCCCCGAGAUGGAGAUUUUCGUGAGUUGCAGAGGAAAGGGGGGUAGGAAGGCACGCAGGUUUGUAAAGGGUGAGGUGUCUAUCCCGUCGGAGGGCACCGUCAUGGGAGAAGCGGAGAACGCAUCAGAAAGAGGAACAUUUCCAUCACGUGCAGAAGGUGAAAUGAGCCCCGUGAAGGAGAGUCCAUCUCCGACGGGGAAUAGAAAAAUACUAAAAAACAGAAAUGACGACACGUUGGAUGACAAGAGCAAAAAAAAGAGCAUAUGCUUCAAUCUGAGUGAGAAGGAAGUGAUAAAUUACUACUAUGACAAAUCAGAGGAGGCUCACACUUUUGUGAAUCCCAAGAAUCUGCUAAAGAGUUACGACCUGCUCCAGGUGAAGGACAAUGUAUACGACGUCAAGAGCUACCUCCUGAGUUACGGUUUGAAUCAAGACGUGGGGAAGAAACAUAAGAAGAACAAAUUUCUGCUUAAAAAUAUAGUGGCACUUUUGUGCGAGCAGAUUGAUAAAAGUUUGGAUGAUGUGGCGAAGGAAUUGGGGGGUGGAUUUCCGGGGGGGAAGAAAGAAGAAAGCGAAACAAGCCCUAACAAGGGCUCCGUCUUCUGGAGCAGAGAGAAACUAGUGGAUGAAAUAAAACACAUAAAUGAGAAGAGUGCUGAGGGUGACCUCACUCACAAGGAGAGUGAACUGUACAAAAGGUAUCUGAUAUUUUACGAUUUCAGUGUUCUAAGCGAUAUAGUGAAAUUUACUCAUUUUUCCAUUAAUACAAAUAAGCAUACAUACGAGUUGGUCAAAUCUAUAAAGAGGAGACUGGAAGAAAUGCUUCUCUUUUACGAUCUAAAUGUGGUAUCCAAGGGGGGAAGUGGCCUUCCUAUGAGUGGAUCAGAUUCAAACGGAUCGAAGAUGAAAAAUAUUACCACUUUUCAGUUAUAUCACUUUUAUUGUGCUUGUAAAAAUUUCAGUCCAUCUUUCCUAUUUGAAUUUUUCGACACCAUGUUGAAGAUGACACCUAGGAUAAAUAUUAUAGACAUGGAUAAGACUAGCGAUUUGUUUAGUAAGAAAAAAAUGAAUAAAAUGGAACACGUGGAAAUUUUUCAGAAAGUGAGGGACCGAAAAGUAACCAUUCCUUUUGUUGUCUCCUUGUUGGGAUCGUUGAAGAUAAUUAUUUCAUCCAAUUUGUUUCUCAUGAAUGAUAUUCUUAGUGAGCAUGUCAACACCAUGGUGCAGUAUUCGUACUACGUGUUGUUGUAUUAUUACUACAAUAAGGAUAGGAUGAAGCGCCAAGUUAAGGGUGACAGUGAUUUGCGGGAUGCGGAUGAGGAGGAGUGGCUAGGCGGGGGGGCUAGAACUGUACCAGGUAACUCUCCCACUGGGACACACGCUGCAGGGGAGCAGAAUUCGCAAGGACCCCCACUUGUCAACAAUGAACAGGCGGAAGAGGAGGAGGAGGAAGAAGAAGAGUACCCUACUUGUGAGAGUGCAUCCAAGGGAGGUACUGCGGGAAGUUCGCCAACAGGGGAGUAUGUGAAGAAUCAAGUGGAAGGUGGUCAGCUGGGCGAUGGGAGUGAUUGUUCAAUAAGCUCCAGCGUAAUAAAGUCAACAAGGAAGAACAGAAGAAUAUGUCUAUUUGAUAAUGUAUAUAUGGAGGACCUGUGCAACACAUACUUGUGCCUGUCCACAUCUCUCUACUUCCUGAACAGGACGGAGGAGAAGUCCAACCAAGUGAAGCAUCUCAUAUAUCUGGAGGAGAGGUUCCUAAGGUUAGUGACUAAGGUGAAGUAUAUGAAGUACUUAUCGGAUAAUUUAAUUUUUUUCCUAUUUAAAGCACCUUGUACGGUGAAAUUAGAAGAAGCCUUUGAUGGGGUAAUUCCGUCGUUGAAGGUAUCCAACCGAAGGGGUAAGAAGACAAGCGAACUCCUCUCCUCCAUAAAGCAUUCUCAGAAGGUGAAGAUUUUAAGUCUACCAGCAGCGACGGCCAUUUUACUGUGCAAAAUUAAGCUAUCCAUGUUAGGAAGUAAGGGUAAAGAGGAAGUGAAUGCCCUUCGGAUGGAGAACACAAGGAAGUUGUUUGAGAUCCUUAUGGAUGACUACAAAUUGCUGAAGAAUUGCGUAGAGCAGUUGUUUAUUAAUAGGGGUAGAGAAUCAGUUGAUGGAGGAGGUGAAACGAUAAAUGGUGAGAGGGAGUACUCAUCAGAUAAUUCAUACCUUUCCGAUAAAAGUACAUCCUUCCGAGGGGGGUCCAGAAUGAGUUUCUCCAUGGAAGACAACCAGGAUAGAAGCAGCCAGUAUGAACUAUCUGCCCGGAAAAGGAGGACCUAUUCUUAUUUACCGUACCUUGUAUCAGGCAGAGUAGACGUGAAGCAAAAUGCCCAUUUAGAAGGCCUCAUAGGAGAUAUGUUCUUCGGUGAACAUGAGGUGAAAACAUUAUAUGAACUACAGAGAACACUGAUAAAAACGGCUAAAUAUUUGGAGGCUACCCAAAUUAACCUUAAGGUAAAUUAUAAAAUAACGCAGAUUCAUCAGAUACAUAAUGACGUCUUGGGCUAUCUGUCAGAGCUAUCCAGUGUGGUUAAGGACUGCCUAUACAUCGUCUUCCUCUCUCAGCCCUAUGUUCAUAAGUCACCGAAGAAGUACAUCACGAGAAAUCUGGUGAACUAUUUCAUUAACAAGAGCAAGUUUGUAAGCGACUACAACAUUUUGGAUGACUACAACAAUAAGUCAUUUAACGAGUUGAAGAGGAGCAAGUAUAUGGCGAACGAUCUAUGUGGCUAG